AUGGCCGCCGCUGUCAACGACCCCCGCGCCGGCUUCACCGACGAGUCCGGCCUCGCAAUCGCAGAGGUCGAGGUUGACGUCACAAAGCUCACCGCCCUCUCCCCCGAGGUCAUCUCCAAGCAGGCCACCGUUGCGGCCCGGUUCUCGGUGGCGAACAGUGUGCAGCAUCCUGCUCCAGUCAGCAGCAGCAGCGGUGCUGCUGCUCCUCCCGCCCCAGUCCAGCCGUCCCCUGCACAGAGUCCGCUCUUUGUCACUCUUUUGCCGCCAGAGCCGCUGAACCGUCUCCUCUCCCCAUCACGAGCGGCGGAGCUAACACGAAAUUUCCAGAUCAACAUUGGUACCAUCGGCCACGUCGCACACGGCAAGUCGUCCACUGUUCGCGCCAUCUCGGGCGUCCAGACCGUUCGUUUCAAGAACGAGCUCGAGCGUAACAUUACCAUCAAGCUUGGUUACGCCAACGCCAAGAUCUACAAGUGCCAGAACCCCGCAUGCCCUCCCCCCACCUGCUACCGCUCCUACCCUUCGUCCAAGGAGAUCAACCCCAAGUGCGAGCGCCCAGGCUGUGACUCGCGCAUGGACCUGAUUAGGCACGUUUCGUUUGUCGACUGCCCCGGACACGACAUUCUCAUGGCUACCAUGCUUACCGGUGCCGCCGUCAUGAACGGUGCCCUCCUCCUCAUUGCGGGUAACGAGUCGUGCCCCCAGCCCCAGACAGGCGAGCACUUGGCUGCCCUCGAGAUCAUUGGUGUCGACCCCAAGAACAUUGUCAUCUUGCAGAACAAGAUGGACCUUGUCCGCGAGUCGGAGGCUGUCGACCACGCCCAGCAGAUCCGCAAGUUUGUGGAGGGUUCCAUUGCCGGCCAGGCCCCCAUCAUCCCCGUCUCGGCUCAGCUGAAGUUUAACAUUGACGCCGUCGUCAUGGCCCUGGCCAAGAUUGACCCUCCCAAGUACGACUUCUCGGCCGACCCCCGCAUGGUUGUCAUCCGUUCGUUUGACGUCAACAAGCCUGGUUCGACCGUCGACGAGCUCAAGGGCGGUGUUGCCGGUGGUUCGAUUCUCCAGGGUGUGUUCAAGAUUGGCCAGGAGGUUGAGAUCCGCCCCGGUCUCAUCACCCGUGACGAGAAGGGCGAGACCCGUUGCCGUCCCCUCCGUUCGCGCAUCGUCUCGCUCCUCGCCGAGCAGAACCACCUCCAGUUUGCCGUUCCCGGUGGUCUUAUUGGUGUCGGUACCCUCGUCGACCCUGCGCUCUGCCGUGCGGACCGUCUCCUCGGUAUGGUCAUGUCCGGUGUCGGCCAGGGCCCCAGCAUCUACACUGAGAUCAAGGCCGAUGUCCACCUUCUCCGUCGUCUGUUGGGUGUCAAGACCGAUGACAGCAAGAAGGCAAAGGUCAGCAAGGUCGCUGUCGGCGAGACCCUCUUCGUCAACAUUGGUGCCUCGCAGACCGGUGGCCGUAUCCUCGCCAUCAAGAAGGACGAGGUCUCGCUUGCCCUCACCACCCCGGCAUGCUGUGAGCCCGGAGAGAAGAUUGCCCUGUCGCGUCGCAUUGACAAGCACUGGCGUCUCAUCGGUUGGGGUAAGGUCAAGGCCGGCGGCGUGCUCGCCAAUGUCAUUGAGCCUGAGGAGUAG